AUGCAGAGCUCCUCGCCAUUAUACAACUAUUAUUUGACAUUCUACAACACAAAUUGCUCACUUGAUGAUAGAUUUCUAGUUUCCAAGUCAGGCUUGGCUCUAACGUGCAACAUUAUUGGGCUAGUAGCUCUGCCAAUUCAGAUAUUCACUGGUUAUUGUAUUCUGAGAAAAACGCCGAAAACCAUGAAGCCUGUGAUGGGUAGUUUAGGGAAUUUGAAUUUCUGGUACACGAUAUCCCAGAUCUUGUUCUCAUUUUUCAUAAUUCCCUAUUCAUUUUCCCCGUAUAUGGCUUCAUUUUCCGCUGGAUUUUGUUCCGAUCUAGGCGUUCCAACAGCGAUUCAGUUGUUCACAAUGUUCACGAUAAGUUCUGUUGUACAAGUAUCUAUAAUUAUGCUAUUCAAAAAUCGGAGUAAUUUUAUCAAGGGCAACAAGUUUCAAUUAUCACGAAAUUUCUAUAAAACUAUAUGGAUAUCCGUAAACUUUUUCGGGAGAAUUUUCCCCUUAACCCCUAUUUAUUUCAAUCUUCCAGAGCAGACAGCGGCAAAAAUGCACAUUUUGAAGACUCUCCCAUGCCCGACCAAAGAAUUCUUCUUGGAACCAGUGCUCGUCUUCGCUUCCGGUGGCUUCUGGGAAACCUAUCAAACCAGAGCUCGCAGUAUAAUUAAUGCAUUGACAACAUUUCAAAUUCUAUUCUUCUCUGCAACAUGUAUUUAUUACCUCUUCAUAUCCAAAUCAUCCCAUGUUUCGGCUCAAACUCGGCGGCUCCAAAUCCGCUCGUUUUUCAUCUUAAUUAUUCAAGUUUUCAUACCGAUAAUGUUCAUCAUGAUCCCUGUGAUGAUUACGUUGAAUAGAUCAAAACGUAACGUGCAUGAUCAGAUGAAUAAUAGUAUCAUGACAAUUUCCUUCGUUAGUCAUAGUGGAGUGGCGAGUCUUGCGAUAUUGUUAGUGCAUGCUCCUUAUCGGAAAUUUCUGAUGUCAAUGUUCAGAAAAGAGCAAAAAGUUCAAAUUAGUCAUGCUUCUAGUAAUUUUUCAUUGGUUGUGAGGGUUUGA